ACAGUCAUCCUCACUCAUCACAAGUACGAGACUGACAGACACCGGUGUUACCGCGCCAAGAACAGAAUUAUCUACCAUGAAGUUCCUUGCCGUGUUCGUCCUGCUGGCCUUGUCCGGCGCCUGCUCCGCCGAGCCCCGCAUCCUGGACACCAUCUCCGGCGCCAUCACCGAGGCCGCGUCCUCCAUCCUGGACCACGCUCAGACGGUCGGACAGGAACUUGUCGACACCUACGUGCCCAUCAUCGGCCAGGCCGCCCAGCAGCUGGUAGGAGAAGCCAUUCAGAGCGCGGGUCAGUGGCUGACCGACCUGGUCACCGGCAAGCGUCAGAUCGAGCUGCAGACCGAGAUCGGACAGAUCCUCCAUGAUGGCCUCAUGGCUAUGUUGGAGCACGCCACCACCGCCAUUGACAACGUCCAGACCAGCCUCACCAGCUCCCUCGCCUCCCUCUUCACUCCAGAGCCCACCACCAAGAAACUGGCUUUCGGCAAGAUCAAGAAUAUGAACCUGAAGACCAGGAUGCACCUGAAGAUGGACAGCAAGAGCACCAUGAAGAAAAUGUCCAUCGCCAUCGCCAAGAAGAUGAAGGGUGUGAAGAGUGCCCGCAUCUUGGACCAGGUUGUGUCCGCCCUGGGUGACCUCGUGCAGCCUGUCCUGGACGCCGCUGACCAGGCCUUCCAGAACUUGGUUGACGGUGCCACCGCCCUGGGUAGCGCCGUUAUCGGACACGCCACCGAGCUGGCCAACAAUGUCAGCACCACCUUCAACCAGGUUACCGACCAGCUGGGCGCGGUUGUGCAGCCCUACGUCGAUGACGCCAACACCAUCAUCAACUCCGUCACCAACCACUUCCAGGAGAACUACGGCAUGGAUACCUCCGCUUAAACCACCUGUCAUAGAGAGUAGGCUGUAGCUAUAGCUGAGUCAACAUGUUAUGACUGAAUAAACUGUCACUGAUAGCAAAA